ACAACUCAUCUGUCAGCAGGUGCCACAGCCUCCAGCACUGGUUGCACCUGAAACCCUCACACCAAGUACAAGUUGCUGAUCAUCAUGUCUGACGACACUUUUUGGUAUGAAGGGACACCUUUCCCGAGGGCCCAUUACAGCCCUGAACUCCUCAGAAAAGUACAAGAAGAGUUUGUGCUGAAGGAUGAAGAUGUUGUAACAGUGACUUUCCCCAAAUCAGGAACAAACUGGUUGAUUGAGAUUCUCUGCCUGAUUCGCUCCAAGGGGGAUACCAAGUGGGUCCAGUCUGUGCCCACCUGGGAACGUUCACCCUGGAUAGAGACUAAGCCCGGGUUUGCAUCAGCAAAUAAGAAGGAGGGCCCACGUUUGCUCAGCUCCCACCUCCCCAUCCAUCUCUUCCCCAAGUCUUUCUUCAGUUCCAAGGCCAAGGUGAUUUAUGUCAUCAGAAACCCCAAAGAUGUUAUUGUAUCCAGUUAUUUUUUCUGGAAUUCAAUAAAUUGGAUUGAGAAACCAAAGUCAGUGGAACAAUAUCUUGAAUGGUUUCUAGAAGGAAAAGUGCCAUAUGGGUCAUGGUUUGACCACGUUCGUGCCUGGAUGUCCAUGAGAGAGAGGGAGAACUUCCUGAUGCUGAGUUAUGAAGAGCUGAAACACGACACAGAGAGAACUGUGGAGAAGAUCUGUCAGUUCCUGGGUAAGAAGGUAGAGCCAGAAGAACUCAGUCUAGUCCUCAAGAAUAGCUCCUUUGAGGUCAUGAGAGAAAACAAGAUGUCUAAUUUCUCCCUGCUGGAUGAGUGUUAUUUGGUUCACAAAAACCCGCUUAUGAGAAAAGGCAUAACCGGGGAUUGGAAAAAUUACUUCACGGUGGCCCAAGCUGAAGCCUUCGAUGAACUGUUCCAGGAGAAGAUGGCAGAUCUUCCUCGGGAGCUGUUCCCCUGGGAAUAAUGUCUAAGAUUUUCCUGGAUCUUACAUGCAUACUGAUACUGUUCUCCUGUCCCAGUAAACGUGCAUGACUGGGGGUCAUUGCAGAAAACCUACUAACUCAUCCCGGAGCCCUGAAUGAUCACAUCUUUGUAUCUUUGACAACUUCCUUGUUGGAAACCUCCAUGAUACCCCAGCACAUGUCGUGGCAUCCCAGGUUGUUUGAAAUGUGUGUAGUGUUUCAAACCGAUAUAGUGCUAUAGAAAUAAUAAAAAUAUUACCUAAGAGCAUUCCC